CCACAUUAAAGAUGGCUGCAAACGGCAUUUCAAUAGUAAAUACAUCAACCGCUCAUUGAAGCUCCACCAAUCAAAUUUAGAGAACAAUCGAAUUUGUGCAUCAUGAAGAUCCACAUUAAAGGAUGGAAUGGAGUCGCUUCCUGGCUCUGGAUGGCAAAUGAUGAGAACUGUGGGAUCUGCAGGAUGGCUUUUAAUGGCUGCUGCCCUGACUGUAAAGUUCCAGGGGAUGACUGCCCAUUGGUGUGGGGUCACUGCUCUCAUUGUUUUCACAUGCAUUGUAUUCUGAAGUGGCUCAACUCCCAGCAAGUGCAGCAACACUGUCCAAUGUGCAGACAGGACUGGAAGUUUAAAGAGUGACCCCCAGCAGUCCCUCAUGUGUCUCAUAUGUAAAUAGUGACCCCCAGUGAUUACAGUGCUUUGUUCAAUGAAUGAUCCUUAGCGUUCACAUUAUUUUACUCCAUUUUAUUUUCUAAUAAAAUAAUUGUGUGAUAA